AUUCUUUCGCCAAUGUUCUUAUUACUACCGUAUUCGUGAUGAUGAGAGAACUAACGAACGAAGAAAAAUUUUUCCGAAUGAAAUCUGUCAGGACGAACUUUCUAACGAAAUCUUAAGCGAUUUAAUAUAUAUUUAAUUCUUCUUUUUACAAAAACAGAAGUAUGAGUCGUGUUACCCAUGAAAGUGAGAAAAAUAUUAAUAUGAAGGAGAUAAAAUUGCCUUCGAUACGACCACCUGGACCGAUUAAAAUUUGGAAGACGGUAGAUGGAUUUAAAAUUAUUGAUGGCGAAUCGAAACCCGUGAAGAUCAUUUUACAGGAAAUACCAGAGGAUAGAUACGAGGAUAUUCUUGAUUUUAUGGCCACGUAUUUCGUCAUAGAUGAGCCUUGCUGUGAAAGUCUCAAUUUAAAGGAAGACCCAGUGGCUGUACAAGAAUUACGAAAUAUAUGGAAAAUUAUUUUAAACCAAGGAUUGUCAGUCGGUGCUUUUCUCGUGGAUCCAAAGGGAGGUAAACCCGAAAUAGUAGGAGUAAACAUAAUAGGCUAUGAAAUUAAAGACGACAAUAGAAAACUCGAUAAUUAUAAGCUUCAAGAAUGUUUAGCUAAGGAUUUAAUUGAUCCUGUAAUGAAAUUGUCCAAAGAUGCAAAGAUUUACGAGCAUUAUAACACGGGCAGAUACAUGUUUGCCUUUGGCUUGAGCGUUCAUCCUUCUUAUCGUGGCCAUAAACUUGGUGCGCACAUUUUAAGUGUAAGGGAACAAAUUGGCCGAGAGUAUAACAUUGACGUGACGGCGACAAUAUUUAGUUCGACGAUUUCUCAAAAGUCAGCUGCUCGUUGUGGAUUCGAAGUUCUUUUAGCUAAAGAUUACGAUCAGAUAUUAAACGAGGAAGGAAAGGAAAUCUUUCCUGGUAUUAAAUUUAAGACAUUCAAAGUGAUGGGAAGAAGACUGUAUUGAAAUAUCGUCGUCUGUUUUUUCUCACUUCUUUGAUAUGUAUCAAACUAUUAAAAACCGUAAACGUCUAGAUGUCAAGAGAAAUCGAUCGCUAAGCGUAUGAAAUGAAAUCGAGGAGAGGGAAAAAAAAAAGAAGAAAUGAAAGAGGGAAAAAUAGAAGUAAUUAAAAUUGAUUAGCGUAAUGCUGCACGACGUGUUGCGAAA